AUGGAUGAUUUGAACAUAGCUCGAUUGAUGGAGAUGGGAUUCUCUAGAGAGAAUGCCAUUGAUGCUUUACAUCAAUCUCAAAAUGAUUUAGAAAAGGCUAUUUCAUUUUUAUUUGGUGAUCAUACUAUUGUAGGAGAUAAUUUCCCUCCUGAUGAAAAUGAUGAAAAUACCGGUAUGGAUAAUAAUCAUGCUUUAGUUCUUUAUGAUGAAGAUACUGUUAAUAUUCGAAAUCCAGAAGAUAUCCCUAUAAGUAAAUUACAGCAAUAUAGUCAUAAUAGUAAUCAUGAAUCAAAGGCUUUACCACGUCCUCCUCCUCCUCCUCCUCCACCACCUCCUCCACAACCACCAGCUGGUCCACCUUCAGCUGGUCCACCAUCACGUGGAGGCGGAGAAGCUAAAUUAUAUGCCACUACGAUAUUGAAGAAUAAAAAGCAAUUCAUUGAUGAUAUUGAAACCAAUUCCGCUGAUAAUUAUGAUAUUCAUUCAGGAAUGAAUGAAGAAUUAGAUGAUGAAGAUGAUGAAGAUGAAGAAGAUUCCAUAUAUGAAAAAGUUCAAAAUUAUGCAAGAAUUGAUAAUUUCCCUCCUGUAAUUUUAAAUCAAACUGCCACAUAUCUUGAAAAUUAUAUUAUCCCAUUAAUUGUAAUAUUAUCUCAAUAUGAUAAAUUCAAAUAUCAAUUAUUAAAACCUGACCAUACUCAUUUCAAUUAUGGAUAUUCAAAACAAUGGUUUCAACAUGAUAGUGAUUUGUCAAUUGAUAUUCCCGAUCAAUUUAAAACGGGUGAAUCAUCCUUAUCAUAUCGAUUUAUGAUUGAAAUUCAACGAUUAUUUGCAUUUUUAUUACCCGAUUAUAGUAAACGAUCAUUCAUGUCAGGACAGAUCUUAUUAAAUCAAUUACCUACUGAAUUUAAUUAUGAACUUAAUAAUGAUCGAAUUGAAGAUAUAGAAGAUUUAAUUAAGAAAUUUUAUCAUAUUUUAAAUUCAGAAUAUGAUAAAGUAUUCAAAUCAGAAACUGAUCAAGGGUUCAUGCAUGAUUUAUUCACAUCUACAAUUGAAAGUAUUCGAGAUGAUGAUAUAGAAGAAGGUGGAGGUGGUGAAGGUAGUUCAAGAAGUGGGAUUUCAGUUAUUCCUAUUGAUUAUGAUACCAGAUCUCGAGAUUUAUUUAGUACGAUAAGUUCAAUGUUUUGGAAUGAUGAAAUUAUGGAUGAUGAAUCGAUUGGAAGUGUUCGAUUUGAUGAUAUUUCUCCGAUUAUAACUUUCCAAUUAAGUGGAGAUGAUGAAGGAUUCCAAACUCAACCCUUUAAAAUCGAUGAAUAUUUUUAUCCUGAAUUAUUUAGUUCGAAAUAUAUUCGAUUAAUUAGAGAAAUGAAUUUUAAAAAGAAGAAAUUAGUUGAACUGAGAAAUUCAUUAACUCAGAAUAUUCUUAGUUUUAAUUCAUUUGAAGGGAAACCCAUAAAGAAAAUUUUGAAUCAUUCCUUAGAAUUUUUAAAAACGAUUCAUCAAGAUGAAUCAGAUGAAGGUGAGAUUGUUCAAGAUUUAACUAAUUUAACCGAUUCGAUACGACAUAUCACUACUGAUUUAACUACUGAAUUACAUUCCUUAAGCUCAAAGAAUUUACAAUAUGAUAUUAAGAAUUGUGAUCAAAUCUUGAAAUAUAUUGAAUCAAAUUUAGAUGAUCAUUUAAGUGAGAUGCCAAAGAGGUAUAUUUUAACGGGAGUGAUUACCUCCGAUACGGAAUAUUUCUAUAAAGUGAAGACCAAGAAGUCACAAGAAGAGGAGGAUGUUGAGGUUGAAGUUGCAACUUUGUUUGAUUGGGUUCAUGUUACUUGCUUUACGAAUGGAAUGAAGAAAGUGAUUGAUUUUACGAUUGAUUAUAUUGAAUUUAGUAGUGUUCAACAAGCUAUUCUUCAAUUUUCCAAGGAUAAAAGACGACAAUUUGUGUUUAUUUAUAUUGAUGAAGAAUCAUUUAAUGAGAGUUAUGAGUUUAAAUUAUCGGAUGAAUUGAAUCAAUUUUUCAAACAAGAUAAUGAGAAUUUAGAAGAGUUAUUAAAGUUGAAUAAAGUAUUUAAUGAUGAUGAGGAGGGGGAAGAUGAUGACGAUGAGAAAGCUGUGGCUAAGAAUGAUGAAGUUGAUGAUUUGAUUGAUCUUGAAUCAUCACAUGUUGAAAAUAAAGAAAACAAACCAGAAUCAAGUAAUGUUAAUGUUAAUGCUAAUGCUAAUACAAAUACUAAUGAUGAAGAUCAACAAUAUGGGGUUGAGAUUGAAGAAGUUGAAUAUAAUAGAUCUAAUUAA